CCCCGCUCCCUCUAGCAUGGUGCGGGGCCGCCGCCGACAUGGGCGAGAGGCUGGAGCUCCGGCUGAAGUCGCCCGUGGGCGCUGAGCCGGCCGUCUACCCCUGGCCGCUGCCCGUCUACGACAAACACCAUGAUGCUGCUCAUGAAAUCAUUGAGACAAUUCGGUGGGUCUGUGAAGAAAUCCCAGAUCUCAAGCUUGCUAUGGAAAAUUAUGUUUUAAUUGACUAUGAUACAAAAAGCUUUGAAAGCAUGCAGAGGCUUUGUGACAAAUACAACCGAGCCAUUGAUAGCAUUCAUCAGUUGUGGAAAGGAACCACCCAGCCCAUGAAACUGAACACUCGUCCUUCCAAUGGACUUCUCCGUCAUAUCCUGCAGCAAGUAUAUAACCACUCGGUGACCGACCCAGAGAAACUCAACAACUAUGAACCCUUUUCCCCAGAGGUGUAUGGAGAAACUUCCUUUGAUUUAGUGGCCCAAAUGAUUGAUGAGAUUAAGAUGACAGAGGAUGACUUGUUUGUCGAUUUGGGUAGUGGUGUGGGUCAGGUGGUGCUCCAAGUUGCUGCAGCCACAAACUGCAAACAUCACUAUGGUGUGGAGAAAGCUGAUAUUCCAGCCAAAUAUGCUGAGACGAUGGACAGAGAGUUCAGAAAGUGGAUGAAAUGGUAUGGGAAAAAACAUGCAGAAUACACACUGGAAAGAGGUGACUUCCUCUCAGAAGAAUGGAGAGAGCGAAUUGCAAACACAAGUGUUAUUUUUGUGAAUAAUUUUGCCUUUGGUCCUGAGGUGGAUCACCAACUGAAGGAGCGAUUUGCGAACAUGAAGGAAGGUGGCAGAAUCGUGUCCUCAAAACCUUUUGCACCUCUGAAUUUUAGAAUAAAUAGUCGAAACUUGAGUGACAUUGGCACUAUAAUGAGAGUUGUGGAAUUAUCACCACUGAAAGGGUCUGUUUCGUGGACAGGGAAACCAGUUUCCUACUACCUGCAUACUAUUGAUCGAACCAUACUUGAAAACUAUUUUUCUAGUCUCAAAAAUCCAAAACUCAGGGAGGAACAAGAGGCAGCUAGACGUCGUCAGCAAAGAGAAAACAAGAGCAACACAACAACUCCGACAAAGGUGCACGAAAACAAGGAUUCUGGUCCUGAAGAAGAAAAAGCUGGGGCAAACACUGUUAAGAAGCCAUCUCCCUCCAAAGCACGCAAGAAGAAGCUGAGUAAAAAAGGAAGGAAAAUGGCAGGCAGGAAACGAGGGCGUCCUAAGAAGAUGAACAAUACAAAUAUGGACCGCAAGACCAAGAAGAACCAAACUGCACUGGAGCUUCUGCAUGCUCAAACUGUGUCACAGACAUCCUCAUCCUCUCCUCAGGAUGCAUACAAGUCACCUCAUAGUCCAUAUUACCAACUACCUCCGAAGGUGCAACGGCAUUCAUCUAACCAGCUGUUGGUGACUCCCACCCCACCUGCACUACAGAAGCUGCUAGACUCUUUUAAGAUCCAAUACAUGCAGUUUAUGGCGUACAUGAAAACUCCUCAGUACAAAGCAAACCUGCAACAGUUAUUGGAGCAGGAAAAGGAAAAGAACGUUCAGUUACUGGGGACGGCACAGCAGUUGUUCACCCAUUGCCAGGCCCAAAAAGAGGAAAUCAAGCGACUGUUUCAACAAAAGCUCGAUGAGUUGGGAGUUAAGGCUCUGACAUAUAAUGACCUGAUUCAGGCUCAGAAGGAGAUCUCUGCUCACAACCAGCAGCUGAAAGAACAGACGAAGCAGCUGGAGAAAGAUAACAGUGAACUCAGGAACCAGAGCUUGCAGCUGCUUAAGGCACGGUGUGAAGAACUGAAAUUGGACUGGUCAACUCUUUCACUUGAGAACUUACUGAAGGAAAAACAGGCGCUGAAGAAUCAGAUUUCGGAGAAACAAAAGCACUGCUUGGAAUUGCAGAUCAGCAUUGUGGAGCUUGAGAAAAGUCAAAGGCAGCAGGAGCUCAUGCAGCUGAAAUCCUAUACGCCGUCCGAUGAGUCCUUGUCGAUACAACUACGCAAUAAAAAUCAUCUAAGUCGUGAACCUGAGGUUGAUCAUGGCAGGUUCCAACUUGAGCUUGAGUGUUCUAAAUUUCCUAUGACCCAUAUCAAUGGCAUGAGUCCCGAACUGUCCAUGAAUGGCCAUGCUACUCCCUAUGAAAUCCAUAAUGCUCUUAGCCGGCCCUCUUCCAAGCAAAACACCCCUCAGUAUAUGACCUCUCACCUGGACCAAGAAAUAGUUCCAUGUACCCCAAACCAUAGCAGUAGACAGAAGGCAGACAAGACAUCCAGCUUGUCCUUACCUGAUUAUACCAGAUUUUCUCCUGCUAAGAUAGCCCUAAGGAGGCACUUGAAUCAGGACCAUGCAGUCAAUGGAAAAGCAACAACUAAUGAAAUCCAGAGAGCUGACCAUGUAAAAGAGAAUGGCCUUACAUAUCCAAGCCCUAAUAUUUCAAAUGGCAUGAAGCUGAGUCCUCAGGAAACUCGGCCCUCUUCCCCAGCGGCCUUACCAAUUGCAGGCGAGAAGGUUUUAAGAGAGAGAACCUCUGCAAGUAAUGGAGAAACUAUCACCAGCCUACCUAUCAGUAUUCCUCUCAGCACAGUGCAGCCCAAUAAACUCCCUGUUAGUAUCCCUCUGGCCAGCGUAGUCCUACCUAGCCGUGUUGAGAAGGUGAGAAGCACACCAAGUCCAGUUCAUCAGAAUAGAGACUCAUCAACACUUGAAAAGCAGAUUGGUGCUAGUUCUCAUAAUGGCAUAAGCAAUGCUGCUGGAAACAAGCCACUGGCUUUGGCUACCUCAGGUUUUUCUUAUUCUUCUGGCUCCGUGGCAGUCAAUGGAACUCUUUCAAACAGCCCAGCCCAACUUAACCAUAGUGUUGAUCAGGCAGCUCUGGACGACUCUGGGAGUCUGUUUAACUCGGUAGGGUCUCGGAGUUCCACUCCACAACACCCUUUGCUAAUGAUGCAGUCACGGAACUCGGGGCAAAACUCCCCUGCUCACCAGCACUCAACAAGCCCCAGGUUAAACGGAGCCUCCCAGAGCCUGGUAGGGGUAUUGCAGUAUGCAGAUGCUCAGAAGAUGUUUGCUGAAGGAACAAAGGGGGAUCUUCAGUCUGAUGCAGCAUUUUCAGAUCCCGAGAACGAGGCCAAGAGAAGAAUCAUCUUUACAAUCUCUCCUAAUACAGGAAAUGUAAAACAAUCUCCUUCCAACAAGCACAGCCCCCUGACCUCGAGCAUUCGGCUGGACUGUGGUCAAGCAUACAUGCAAGAUGGGAAGAAACGAGGUCGAAGGAAGAGAUCUGCUACUGGAAAUCUCAGCGUGAGCUCUGGGGUGUCCCCCAAACGCAAAUCCUUACCAACAGUGGCUGGACUGUUUACUCAGCCUUCGGGGUCACCACUCAAUAUUCACUCCAUGGUCAAUAACAUUAAUCAGCCUUUAGAAAUAACAGCCAUUUCCUCCCCUGAAAACUCCCUGAAGAACUCUCCUGUUCCCUACCAGGACAAUGACCAGCCCCCAGUGCUGAAAAAGGAGAAGCCCCUCAUUCAGACCAACGGCAUUCAUUACUCACCGCUGACAUCUGAUGAAGAGCAGGGGUCUGAAGAUGAGCACAACAGUACCAGAAUUGAGAGAAAAAUUGCAACAAUAUCAUUGGAAAGCAAAUCUCCACAAAAGACUGUUGAAAAUGGUGGCAGUUUAGCUGGGAGGAAACAAGCGCAAGCCAGCGAGAACAUGAAUAGCAGUAAAUGGAAGUCUACCUUUUCACCAAUAUCUGACAUCAACCUGACCAAAACUACAGAUAGUCCCUUGCAGGCUGUUUCAUCUCUGAGCCAGAAUUCACUGUUUGCCUUCAGGCCGUCCUCUGAGGAUGGCAUGGCCAUUGACAGCAAGAUCACGGCACAUGCGAGAAAAAAUGUCACCAUGCCCUCCUCUGGAACAGAUGGACUCAGCCCCAGCACAAAUGCUGCAAAUGGAUUCACAUACAACGGUGGACUGACAACAGAUAUUGGUUUACACAGCUUUAUUGAUGGUGCUUCUCUUCCUCAUAAGACUUCAGAUGCGACAUCCCUUAAUUCCUCUCUGAGUUUUCAGUCGCAGCGAAGCAAAGACUUGGGUGUCUCAGACACAAAUCCUUUUUUGAACAAGAGGCAGCUUGAAGGCCUAGGCAGCAUGAAAGGGGAAGACUUAAAUCGGUCAGGGGUCAAAAGCAAAGAGAUGAGCGAAUUAAACAUUCGUACAGGGGGCUCUUCAGAAAAAAGCUCUUUGCAGCAUAAUGGAAAGGCCAGCAAAGGACGGGACCGAGAUGUGGAGUUUAAAAAUGGCCACAACCUUUUCAUUUCUGCUGCUGCUGUAUCUUCGGGUGGCCUUCUAAAUGGCAAAAGCCUUUCCACUGCUGUUUCCUCAGCAGGCAACCCAGCAUCUGUUCAGCAUCAUCCUUUCUUAAACACUUUGACCACUGGAUCGCAGUUCCCCCUUGGCCCCAUGGCCUUGCCAGCAAACCUCAACUCGGUGACGAACUCUUCAGUAUUGCAGUCUUUAUUUAAUACAAUGCCAGCUGCUGCCAGUCUGGUCCACGUGUCAUCAGCUGCAACCAGACUGACUAAUUCUCACACUAUGGGGAACUUCUCUUCUGGGGUUACAGGUGGAACAGUUGGAGGUAUUUUUAACCAUGCGGUGCCUUCUGCCUCCUCUUCUCAUCAAUUUGGAGCCAGUUUCAGCAGCAGUGCUGUCUCUAGCGGCACAAUGCUAAGCUUAAACCCUCUGCAGGCUGUUGCCACCACCUCAUCCUCAUCCUUCCAGUCCCCCUCCUCUAGCUUAGUAACAUCUAGUGAGAACAGACCUGCCCAGCACCUAAACAGAGCUCCAAUGCAAUCUGUUUUUCAUACCCCUCCCCCCCCACCUCCUAACGUUUCAUUGCCACCUCCUCCUCCAUUACUCACUUCUAACUCUGAGCCUGUGCUUCUGCAGAACUUGCCGUCCAUUCCAGCUAACGAAGCUUUUUUACCAUCACCUUCUGCUGCUUCUGUCCAAUCUGCUAACGCUUCUUUGUCUAUUAAGCUAGCUUCUCUUCAGCACAAAACUUCCCGUCCCUCCUUUACAGUCCAUCACCCGCCUCUGCCCCGUUUGGCGCUGGCACAGACCGCGCCCAUGAUCCCGCAGUCCAACGCAACCGGCACGUCUGCUAUGUGGGUUACACUUGGCAUGCAGUCUCCUUAUGCUUCGCACCUUUCUGGGGUUAAGCCACGAUAAAGAGCUUGCUUAGCUAGCGGUUCUUAUUUUGUAAGGUAAGGCUAGAGAAAAAACCAGGAGGUUUGUACAAGACGGUGAAUGACACUCCUUCCUUUUCAGACUUCUGUCUGUGGCUGGUAUUGGGUGGGAGGGACACAUUCCUCACAUAGAGAAAUCCCAGGAAAAUUGGGGGAGCAGGUAAACUCAUGGCAGAGGUUGGAGACUCAACAUUUUGAUUUGGGAGUCAGGAUUUCUCGACACACCAAGUGCUCAAAGUAAUAACUCUUGCCUCAUUGACUUUCAGUCUGGCUGGGAUAGUAGCAAUUAGUGAUGCGUUUGAAAUGGUGUUUCUUCAUUUGAAUAUUCUUGAAAAAUGUGCCUAUUUGAGAGCAGCCAAAAUUAGUAGGUUACCGUUAUUAUUUUCCAGGCAAAUGUCUUCAGAUGUAGCCGUUUAAGGAGGUUGCUGCCUUUUCUCAGUUCCAUAUUAACAUGGAGUGCUCCUGUCUCCUGAUGAUGCUUCCCUAUGAUGCUGUGUGGCAGCAUGGUGAUAUUUCUUUGUGGAACCUCACAUUUUGGCCCCCAAAAACUAAAAGAAAAUCUGUAGGUUAUGUGCUAUUACUUUUCCGUGGAUAUAAUGGAAAAAGGAUGAUCUAGUUUUGGGGUUGUCGUUAAUGUGACCUGCACAGUGUGCUAUGGUCAAUGAAAGUACAUAACCAGUCUAACUCGUGUCUGGCCUGAUGAUAACAGCUGUUAUCACAAACUGCAGAGGAUAUUUAUCAUUCCAAUUAAAUAAGAAUAAAAGGGGAGGUCUUCAUUAUCUGCUCCCUGCAGUUUUAGUAGUUUUUCCUGAGUCUAGCAAUAAUAGACCAUUGGCUAGCGUACAGUGUAUGCUCACCUUGGCAGUCUUUGGCUUGCUGUGUAGACUAUGCACUGAAUACCCAGUGCUAAAUUCUAAUCUAACCUAAUUGAGGAAUAAGGCUGUUCACAAGAGGAAAGCAUCUGGAGAGUGUAUGUGCGAGCACUUCAACAAAUCAAGUAUCAUAGAGUCUUUCAGACCAACUGUAGAAUAAAAUGUAUUACCACAAAGUUA